UGGAUGUUGCUACCUACGUAUAUUCCGAAACUGACUCGAAAUAGAAGAAGGAAUAAGACGGUUUGCGAUUGGUGGUUGUUUGUCGAAUAGAGUUGCUGCACGCCACGUGAAAGUCAGGAUUGGCCGUGGUAUCAUAUCAUCGCUCUCCCUGUUCGCGCCGGGUCCCGAUAACGCUACGCUUACGCUUUCCCGGCCCUCAUUCCGUCAGCCGUCAACAACAUUGAUUCACCCUCUUCAUUCCUUCCUUCCAUCCUCAACGGUAUAGUGAACCGCCUCUCCCUAUCCGCAACUCGCCGCCGCCGCCUUUGCCACUCGGCUGCCAUCACGGCCGAUCUAAUCACCUCCCCCAUCACGUCACGCCGCACUGCCACGCCCCAUCACAUCUCAUCUCCGUCGUCUUCCAUCUUCCACAUUCUUUCUCCGUCCUUCCUGUUCCCAUAAACCGUCUUCGGCCUUGCACUCGCCACCACUCCGGGGGAGUAACCGUAUCUUUAUCGUCGAUUUUUGGGUGCCGCUCAAUACACAGGGCACAUUGCCAGGACAGACCAGACUACAGAGCACAAAGGACCCUUUGUCUCCAUAACUGCUAGGUCUCUGGAGAGUCCCAAGACUUGCGUGCUGGAUUCCACUAUAACAAACAGCCAGCAACUCGUAUAUCUGCUGUUCUCUGCUUCUUUCAGAGCUAGAUAGAAGCAAGGACACGCGUCGUCAAUUUCGGCUUCAUCACGCUUACACCCGAGCCCGUAUAAAUCCCGAUCCUCAUACUUCACUCCAACAACCCACCGCACAGCGCAAUAAUGUCCGUUCCACUCCCUUCUCCCUCUCCUCUCGCCUCUGCUCAGGACGGACCUACCGGGAGCACAGGCGACAAUUCCAACACGUCUGCUUCUGCAAAGCCCAUCCCCCGCUCACGGCCCACUCCUAUUGCCACCGCCGGCUCGCCUGAAAAGGCCAGCGGUACCCCUGCCUCAUACAAGUAUCGUCCUGGCGCAGCGACUUCUAUUGGCAAGUCGUUCAACAAUGACAACUGGCGCGAUCGAUCGCCCGCACCCAGUUCCGCCAUGCCCGCUACUGUAAGUGGAAAGGGGUCUGAGCGAACAGUGGGAUUCGAGAAGCGGGAUGUUAGCUCUUUGAAGGGCAACGGAGGCAGCGCGUUGAGUAGGGAGAGAGAAAAGGAGGAAAACAAGGAAAGGGAAAAUGAGAAGGACAAGGAGGGCAAGGAGAAAUCUGCCUUGAGCCAUGUCCCUUGUCGAUUCUUCAAGGCUGGUGCUUGUACCGCUGGAGAAAGUUGUCCAUUCUCUCACGCUGCGCCGGACUCCGCAAAGCGGGAGGUAUGUCAGUGGUUCUUGAAGGGCAAUUGCAAGUUUGGCCACAAGUGUGCUCUUGCUCACGUUCGACCUGGAGAGCCGAUGUCGAUGGAUCGAAAAAACAAGAAAGCGGCGCAGCUCGAAGCCCGAGAACGAAGUGGUGAAGUCACUACCAACGGGACCAGGAAGGCUACCCCCACUGCUAUCCCCAGCGCCUCUGAAGAAUCUGGCGCCAGUCCCGUCCCUAUCCGAUCGGCACUUUCCUCCUCAAUCCAAUCGAAUUCUACUCGUAUUGGAUCUUCCCCUAUGCGAGAGCCUUUUGGUCCUCCCUCUGGGGCUUUGCCGAACAGCCCUCCUGCUGGAUUUGCUCACUCUUAUACAAGGGGCCAUCCAGCCUUUGCUUCUUCGCCCAACCGUCCUUCUCCUCUUUCUGCAAGCUUUGGUGCCGUAGGCAGUGGACUUGCUUCCGGCAGCGUUCCUGGACCCUUGUCCCUUAAGCCGGGCUCAAACGUCCUCUCCUCUCUUCGCCCGCCGGUCACCGCUGCUCCCACAUUCUCCUCUUCAUUCUCUCAUUCAUCAUUGGCUAUCGAGCGUCCUUCCAACGCUGUCGCCACACCUCUUUCCGCGUCUUUUGCUGGGGAAGCUCCUCCAUUGCACCGCUCCAUUUGGGCUCGUUCCGACCAACCUGCUGAACCUCUGUCUCCUCGUCGACCGAUCCCCCGGACCAUCAAGCCCGAAGCCGUUUUUGAAGACGAUGAUGACCACGGAGAAGAGUUUCUGCCUUCCUCUCUGUCAGACCUUCUCACCCCGCAAGAACGGGCCCGCCGUAUGUCUCGCCGAGACAGCCAAGACUCUUCAUACUCUCCUUCCCUCGCUGCAUUUGCUGCUCAAGCUCCUGUAUGGGGAGGCGAGCGUCUUGCACAGAGUGCAGGCCCUACCAUGGGACAAAAGGGAUUCUUGCAGUCUCUCUGGUCUGCCGAUGGUGAAGAUGUACGCAAAUUCCAACCUACUCAAGUCUCCAGCGCCCAGCCGCAAAAGCAAGACUUUGCCUUUGGCCCCGCUACCGCCCAAGCUUCCGGUCCUCGCACUUCGUUGCUCACCCAACAACGAUCUCCCGACUCUGCCUCCCCGACGAGCCCCAUCCGAUUAUCUUCCUUCAGUCCCCCGGCCGCUGGUCCAGGCGAGCCAUUCUUGAUUCGUAACCUCGGCGAUCCCGGAUCCCCUUCCGCCCGCGCACUGAUUGAACAUGCUCCCGGCCAAUCUUUACCUGGCGGUCUGGCUAAUGCCUUGUCGAGGCUACACCUCCACGGACCCCGACCAACGAGCUCCUUGACGGUGGUCAAUCCCGGAGGAGGCGGGAGGGUGGGUGGGGGACUUGGUGCAGAGUGGAGGUUGGCUGAGCAUGAGGCGGAGGGGAGUGAAGAUGGGGAUGGGGGAGCGACCCCGCCUAAUGGUGCGGGGGUGUCGCAUUCCAAGAGGGAAGAACAUGAUGAGGGGUUGUUUGCGAUGGACGGGUAA